AGUCACGGGAAAUUGUUACUGGCCCUUCACAACUCUUCAACACUAUAAAAUCUCUUUCCUCCUCCUAAGCACUACAGACAGUACACCUUUCUCAAGGAAUCAGUAUGUCUAGUAAUUCCAUAAUUCCUGUGUCUUAUCCUUCUUUUUCUUCUUCUUCUUCUUCAAACUCUAUGGUUUUAUCCAAUGAUUAUGAGAGGCUAGACCUCCAAUCCAUAAGGGUAAUUGUUGUUUCAAUCAAUAAGUACAUUACUGAACUCUUAGCAAAUGCUGACACCAGGAGUUCUCUAAAACUGAGAUGCACCUCAAAGCUAAAAUAUCAAAAGCAGGAAUUCUUUGAAUUCUCUGAGCAAUCAGUGCUGGCAAAUUUUUACUGGGGCAUUGACAGCAUUGAAACUGCAAUUCAAACAAAAUCACAGGAAGAGAGAGACGAGAGGCUGAGGAACUCAGAGCGAAUGCUUCAAGUCCCGGCGUUGCUUGAUGAGCAAGAAAUCACGGCUGGAAUUCCAAACCAUUAUAUGGUGUGUUGCUCCUACUUUUACCUCUCAGCAGUAAAGAACCUCCAAAAGGAUGAGUGGCAGGCUGCACUGCAUUUUAUCCAAGCACUAUUGGUGUCUCCAAAACUUAUUGGAACAGAAUUUGCACCAGACCUUUGUGAAAGUCUUUUUCCUUCAUGUAACAUGCAUGAAAAAAAGAAAACAAAUGGAAGGAGAAGAAGCUUGGGAUCUAUACAUCUCGUGGAAUCUAUAGAGGGUGAUUAUAAUGGAGCAAUGAGGCAGAUGGCAAGGAGAUACAAAGACUGGUUAAUCUAUUAUCAGGUCAUGUUAAUAGGAGAGAUUCCUUUGUGGCACUGUGGUAGCAGAGAUAGUUCAUCCCCUGACAAUGAGUUGCAAUAUUUUUCGCAUACAAUAUCCACCAGAACUGAAUCUUCAAAUUCAAUUGAGCAUGGAAACAACUUGCAGAAUUAUUAUAAUUAUGAGAAGGUGCACCCACUUGAUCCUCAAGACGUAAUAGAUGAAAUGGAAAAGAAACCUAAGGCAUCCAAUGAAGUUCCAGAAUUUGAAGAUCAUAGGAAAGCCAGCAGUAGAUGUUUGGAUCAACUUUCAAAAUUUCAAGUUCACAGUGGAGAGCUUAAAAGAAAUUCUAGUAUCAGACGCCUACAGGAUAUGCUGGAGUCCCAGUCAGAUACACAAUCUUCAGUAGAUUCAUGCUACAAUGAUUCUGUGUAUGACAGUGACAUGGCAGAUAUGGAUGAUGCUAAAUGCUCAAUGAGAACUCCAAUAAAUGCAGAGGAUCCACAGAAAGAAAUUUAUGAUCAGAAGCUGCAGGCUCCUUGCUCCACAUCAGACCCAGAGCUUGGAGUAAUAUCUUUGCCACAUGCUCCCCAGAAUCCAAUGCCAACCAAUGAAUCCAUCAACAAAUUACGUUUAACCACUUUGCAAGAUAGAAAUGAAAAAUCAAAUACUCUUUGGAAUUUCCAUGUAGAGAAUGAAUCAACACAGAAAUUCGAGCUCUUUGAUCAUAUAUCAUCUUGUACAUCUCUUCAGAAAAGUAGGACCACCCUGAUGGAUCACCAAGGAAGUGCUGCAAGAAAUAAACAGAACUCUAGUAGCCAGAAAAACUUUAAUAAAGUUUGUUUACAUUCUGGAAAAGAUUCCACAAGUGAAAUAUUGGGGAUAAUUGAAAAGACAAUUUCAAAGCUGUGUUUCUCAGAAGGAUUUGGAAAAAGUGAUGAAGACUAUGCAGUAGAAGUUACAAAAAUUUAUGAGAUGUUGAACAACAAAACAGGAGUAAAAUAUGCUAUGUUGAAGGAUGUAAUUCUGGAUCAACUGCUUGCAGCUAUUUCAAUUUCCAAAGAGGAAAGAGUAGUUAGAGCAUCAGUAACUAUAUUAACAACAAUCAUUUCAGCAAACAAGUCAGUUAUAGAUGACAUCAAGAAAAAAGGUUUAAGGUUGCGUGAUUUGGCAAAUGCUCUGAAGCAAAAUGUGCAUGAAGCUGCAAUUCUAAUCUAUCUAAUAAAUCCAUCUCCUGCAGAAAUUAAGACCUUAGAAAUCUUACCAGCACUUGUGGAGGUUGUGUGCAAUUCGGACGGUGAUAAGGGUAGGAUGGCAUCACUUCUGCUGACACCUCCUGGAGCAUCACUGAUGAUUAUAGAAGUAUUAGUAACUGCAUAUGACUACGCCACAAAUAACAUGCACUUGGCUGCUAUCAACUCUCCCCGUGUUCUUUGCAGGCUCCUAGGUAUAGCAAGAAUUAAUAAUCAGGAUGAGUUUAUCUCUUUGGCCACUAUACUUGUAAAGUGCAUGAAAUUUGACGGGCAAUGCAGAAAAUAUAUAUUGAAAUUUACUCCUGUGGCUCCAUUUAUUUGUCUUCUACAAAGUGAUGAGAAACGGGCAAAGUUCAUAGCACUAGAUUUCUUUCAUGAGAUCCUUCGUAUACCAAGGUCAUCAGCCAUAAGCUUAUUGCAGAAAAUUCAAAAAGAAGGAAGCAUCAAUAUCAUGCACAAACUAAUGAAUUGUAUCCAACAAUUGGAACCUGAUUACCAAAUUAUGGCAGCAAAUUUACUGCUUCAAUUGGACACACUGGGUAAUUCACAUGGCCAAACUGUGUUCAGAGAAGAGGCUAUGCAAGUCCUUCUGAAGUAUCUAGCACCUGAAGAAAGUUCUGGUAUGCAGCAUUUAUCUGCAUUCAUCCUAUCAAAUCUUGGUGGAACAUAUGCUUGGACAGGGGAACCAUAUACCAUAGCAUGGUUGGUUAAAAAGGCCGGUUUAACCUCUCCAUAUCAUCGGAAUAUGAUAAGAAAUUUUAACUGGUUGGAUAAAAGCCUACAGGAUACUUCCACAGACCCUUGGUGCAGCAAGGUUGCUAGAGGCAUCAUUAAUAUUGGGAAUCCUAUCUUCCAUGCAUUAGAGAAGGGACUAAAGAGCAAAAUAAGAAGGGUGUCUACAGCUUGUCUAACAGCCAUUGCAUGGCUUGGAUGUGAAAUAAGAAAGUGCCCAAAUAGUAUAAGAUAUUCUGCAUGUGAGAUCUUACUAAGUGAAAUUGAGCAAUUUUUGCAUCCUGGAUCGGAGCUUGAAGAUAGGCUUCUAGCAUGUCUUUGCAUCUAUAACUAUGCUUCUGGCAAAGGGAUGCAAAAACUAAUUCAUUUCUCAGAAGGAGUAAGAGAGUCACUAAGACGCCUUUCAAGUAUAACCUGGAUGGCAGAGGAAUUACAUCAAGUAGCAGACUAUUACCUGCCAAACAAAUCACGUAUUUCUUGUGUUCACACACAAAUCCUGGAGGCAGGUCUCAAAUGCAGUGGAGCUGUAUGUGCCCUCAUCUACUACAAGGGACUGCUUUACAGUGGAUACUCCGAUGGUUCAAUUAAGGUGUGGGACAUCAGGGGGCAAUCAGCCAUACUUGUAUGGGAUAUGAAGGAGCAUGAGAAGGCAGUUACAUGUUUUGCACUUUCUGAGGAAGGAGAUAGCCUUUUAAGUGGUUCCAUCGAUAAAACCAUUAGGGUUUGGCAAAUGCUCCACCAGAAACUGGAGUGCAUUGAAGUAAUAUCAAUCAAGGAACCAAUUCAACACUUAGAUGCAUAUGGAAAUAUGAUUAUUGUAGUUACCAAUAGCCAUGAGUUGAAGGUAUGUGAUGCAUCAAGAACGAUCAAAAAUAUUUGUGAGAGCAAGAAGAUGAAGUGCAUGAGGGUGGUUCAGGAGAAGAUUUACGUGGGCUGCACAAACUCAAGCAUAAAGGAGUUUUCUAUAACAAACAACCGGGAGCAAGAAAUCAAAGUACCAGCAAAGAGUUGGAAGAGGCCAAAAAGGCCUAUAAAUUCAAUUGUCACAUAUAAAGAUUGGCUUUAUGUUGCAAGUGUAAAUGUUGAAGGUUCAAAAUUAAAGGAAUGGAAAAGAAAAAGCAAACCCCAAAUGUCAAUAGCAACUGGUAGAGGAGGCAAUGUGCUGGCAAUGGGAGUAGUGGAAGACUUCAUAUACCUAAACUGCAACUCAUCAACUAACAACAUUCAGAUAUGGUUGAGAGGGGCACAGCAGAAUGUGGGGAGGAUUUCAGCAGGCAGCAGGAUAACAAGCCUCCUCACUGCCAAUGACAUUCUACUAUGUGGUACGGAGUCCGGCCUAAUCAAGGGCUGGAUCCCCUUGUAGCACAAGAGUUUUAACAACAAAAUUUCAGUACCAUCAUCAACAGCCAAAGCAUUUAUGCUUCAUAAAAAAGGGUUUGCUUGAUUUACUCACAUUACAAUGUAAUAAGCUAUAGUGUAAAAUGUAUAUCUUAGAUAGGAAUUGAACUAUUGUAUCAUUGAUUCCUAUCAUUUGUAUAGUGCGUAUACCAUUCCAAGAAGAAAAUAAAAAGGUAUAGUGCGUUUACUACAAA